AUAAACAUCAAUAAAAAGUCAAUAUGGCUUCCAGACCACUUCCAAAUACUUCCCAUGGGAGGUCAUUUUCAGCCAAUCGAAGUAAUGGAAGUACAGCAGCUAAAUCAACCCGGAAUGGUCAGAUGUAUCCAGUUAUUAAACAGAGGGGAUAUUAUUCUGAUAUUAUAAGUAGUGAAGAUCCACCAGAAAGAUUGGAGGACAUUUUAAGUGGUCCUGAGACUUUACAGGGUACACUAUGGAAAGUUAAAACCGAGAAACACACUCCUUUAGUAACAACAUUUAAAGUUCCCACAACAGAAGUUUUGGAGAAAGAAUUAGAAGAACAUGUAUAUGGACCAAGUACCGAGUUAACUACUGUAACUGAUUUCUCAUUGAAAGCCUCCGAGCCAAAAGUCCAGCUCCCUUUUUACACUCAACCUGGUGAUUGUCCACGUAAAAUAGAGAUUGAGAGGAGAAGACGCCAUUAUGCCCAACUUGAUUUGAAAGAACUAUUAGAAGAACUGAAUAUUUCCACAGAUCAAUUAAUGCCAAGACAAAUAGUGAACAACAAUGUUAUUUUAAAUCAAGAAGAAGGUGAGGCAGCACCCUUUCCACCCUAUUUACCUCUAGACAUAUUUGAUGAUGAAGAAUAUGAUUGUAGAACACCAGAUGAAUGGAUUAAACUUGGACAAACUAAUGGAACCAGAAAACCUGUGCCUGGAAAGGCACUAUUACCAACAUUGGACAGUGAUGCGAAAAAAGAUCCAACUGAUCCGUCUAUUGUGUAUGACUGGUUUAAAGUGGGUGUAUUAGAUUAUGACUUCAAAACAAAACAAUACCUUGUACAAAAACUUGAUACUGAUGGCCGUGUUUCAAAUACAGUUGCGACACCAGAAAAAGGUGAGAGACCUGCUGCAAAUAAUCAGUCAUGGAUUCCAAGAAUCCGCUUGGUGUUCAGUGCGGAAGAUCCACGGUUAUUUGCCAGACGUCUAGCCACUGCAUUUGAAGAACGUAAGAAAUGUGAAGCAGAAUUGCGAUAUAAUUUGUAUAUAGAUUGUAUGCCUAUGGAUGGUGUAGGAGAAUUGGAUCAAGCCUCACUUAAACGAAUGAUAGAAUGGGCUAAAGGUGCACCAGGGUUAUCUAAAGACAAAAAUCUUGAAGAUUAUGUUCAAGUUUUAGAGAAAGAAGUGAACAUAGAUUUCUGUCGUUCAAUGAACAGAAUAAUAUUUGAACUUACCGUAGAUCAAGAUCCCGAGACAUUUGCAUUUGUCAGUGUACCUCCACCAGAUAUACAAGAAAUUCCAGAAAAAGCAUGUUGUAUGGAUGUACCAGAAUAUACAUUUGAUGAACAGUAUGACAGUUUUGCGUUUAAUUCUAUAUUAACACGAGAAGAAAGUAUACAAGCUACCGAGAGAGUACGAACAGAUUGUAAUAAAGUAUCUGGAAUGUCAUUAUUUCACAUACCUACAGCUAAGGCUAUGAGAUUAGAAGAAUUUGAACAAACACAAUCUCAAGCAACUUCACAGGUAUCACUGUUCCUGAAAGAUAGUUGGAUAACUAAUCUAAGAAAUCACAUUAGAACUGCAUUACGUGAUGUUGUUAAAGGAUGGUUUAACAUUCAUGAAACAAACUGGGAAGUUUAUCAAAUAUCUAAAUUAAAGAAAUUUAUGGAAAUGGUGAAGUUUAUUAUGCAGGAUACCUUGAGGUUUUUGGUUCAAGAUUCUGUACAGAGUUUUACUCAGAUGGUGAUUGAUGCCUGUCACACAACUUUACAACUACAAGAUGAUUUUGUUUGGGGAGAUGAUGUCAUGAAGAGUGUUUACAGACCGAAGAAGAAUGCCUUGUUUCUAGUAGAUUUAACUAUGGAUACCCAGGGUGUACAUUAUAGUACUAACUUAAAUUCAUUUGAAAUAACUCUUGUAUCAUUGUUUGAUAAAGGUAUACAUUCAACACAGAAUGUACCACAAUUAGAAAAGUAUAUAUUAGAAGAUAUUUUCUGGUCAGGUACACCAUUAUUAGAAUCUGUUGGAGAACAUGAACCACCUAUAGAAAUAUUACGAGAUACAGUACGAUCAUCUAUUAGACAAGCUCUUAUACCUAUGAAAGCUUAUGCUAGAGAAUACGAAAAGUACCUGGAACUAAUGAAUAUGGAUAUAAAUGUCUAUGUCAAAAACUAUGAAGCCCAGAAUCAUACAGCUGCUGAGGUUAAAAGUGAGGUAGAGAUGCAUCUUGAAGAAAAAGAGAAAAUAGAACAGUCCUUACCAAGCCGUAUAUCUAUAGGACCAUUUGAAAUCAAUACUGAUACUAUUCGUCAGGCUCUAGCUAAGAAGCGUAAAGCACUAGCUAAUGCUGUAUUGGAAUUAUUAGCUAGACAGCUACGUAAACAAGCUGAUGAUGCAUGUGAAGAAUUUAAAGCCAUAAGUCGAAAACUGUAUGAAAAACCAAACUGUAUAGAAGAAUUGUCUGAAAUUAGGGAAUGGAUGAAAGGAAUUCCAGAGAAACUUAAAGAACAUACGGAAUUAAUUGAUAAAGCUAUGAGUGAUUAUGAACUGAUUGAAGAGUUUUAUUAUAACUUGCCAACAGAUGACUUUAAUGCCAAAUGGACAACUGUUGGAUGGCCUCAUAAGAUUGAACGUCAAAUGGAACAAACCUAUCUCCAGCUAGAGGCAGAUGAAGAACGAUUCCGUAAAUUACAAUCCUCAGAUCAAACUAACUUUGAAGAUAGGAUGGACAACCUUCAGAUGGUUGUGGCUGGUAUGGCUGCCUACACUGAUAUAACCAAGGCUACUGAAAUAGCCAAUGAGGUACGACGAGUACAUAAGCAACUGAAGGAAGCCCAAACAAUGUCUUCUGUUUAUAAUAAUCGUGAAAGAUUGUUUGGCAUGCCAACUACUAGUUAUGAUAAACUGUCAAGACUUGCCAAGGACUUUGAGCCUUUCCGAAAUCUUUGGAUCACUGUGUCUGAAUGGCAACGUUGGCAUGAAAGCUGGAUGAAUGAUCCACUGUCUGCUAUUAAUGCUGAAGAAGUAGAGAAAAAUGUGAAUGAAUCUUAUAAAACGAUGCACAAAUCUGUGAAGAUCUUCCAAGACAUUCCCAGUGUUCAACUAGUUCCUACAGAGAUAAAACAAGCUAUAGAAGAAUUUAAACCAUUUAUACCACUGAUUCAAGGUUUACGUAAUCCUGGUAUGAGAAACAGACAUUGGGAACAGCUAUCUGAGGAUCUGGGAUUCCCAGUAAGACCAAAAGCUAAUCUGACAUUUUCUAAAUGUCUAGAGAUGAAACUACAGGAUCAUAUUACUGUCAUAGCAAAGGUAGCAGAAGUGGCAGGAAAAGAAUAUUCUAUUGAAAAUGCUUUAGAUAAAAUGGAGAAAGAAUGGGAACCUGUUAGUUUUGAGAUUAUGCCAUAUAAAGAUACAGGAACGUUUAUUUUACGUAGCUCAGAAGACACAUCACAGCUAUUAGAUGAUCAUAUUGUAAUGACACAGAGUAUGUCUUUCUCUCCAUAUAAAAAACCUUUUGAAGAGAGAAUCAGUAGCUGGGAGAGUAAAUUACGAACAACUCAGGAUGUGUUGGAUGAAUGGCUACAGUGCCAGAGAGCAUGGCUGUACCUGGAACCUAUUUUCAGUUCCGAAGACAUUAAUCGACAACUACCCGUAGAGAGUAAACGUUAUCAAACUAUGGAGAGAAUCUGGAGAAAGAUCAUGAAAACAGCUAAAGAAAAUCCACAGGUCAUCUCCUUGUGUCCUGAUAAUCGACUAUUGGAUAAUUUACGAGAAUGUAAUAAAUUAUUAGAACAAGUACAGAAGGGAUUGAGUGAAUACCUGGAAACGAAACGUAACUCUUUCCCACGAUUUUACUUUUUGUCUGAUGAUGAACUAUUAGAGAUCCUGUCCCAGACUAAAGAUCCUACAGCUGUACAACCCCAUCUUAAAAAAUGCUUUGAAAACAUUGCUAAGCUUAAAUUUGAGGAUGAUUUACGAAUCAGUAAGAUGUUUUCUGGAGAAGGUGAAGAUGUUGAAUUACGUGAGAAACUAUAUCCAACUGGUAACGUAGAAGACUGGAUGUUGGAGAUUGAACGUAUCAUGAGAGAAAGUUUAAGAUUGAUUAUCAAGGAAGCUUUAGUUAACUAUACAGAAAUUCCUAGAACAGAAUGGGUUCUUAACUGGCCUGGUCAGGUGGUCAUUGCUGGAUGUCAGACUCACUGGAGUACAGAAGUUACAAAAGCUUUAGAAGAAAAUAAUCUCAAGGAAUUGUUCCAGCAUUUAUUAUCUCAAUUAGAUGAUUUACGAAAUUUGGUUCGUCAGGAUAUUAGUAGAAUUGGAAGAAUGACAUUGUCUGCUUUAAUUGUAGUGGAAGUACACGCUAGAGAUGUUGUUAGUAAGAUGGUAACAGAGGAAGUUUCUGGUGCCAAUGAUUUUGAAUGGAUCAGUCAGUUGAGAUAUUACUGGUUAGAAGAUGAGAAUCUAUAUACCCGUGCUGUAAAUGCUCAGUUUAAGUAUGGUUAUGAAUAUCUAGGUAAUACUAGUAGAUUGGUUAUAACACCAUUAACAGAUAGAUGUUAUCUUACAUUAACUGGUGCUCUUCAUCUUAAAUUUGGUGGUGCACCUGCUGGACCUGCUGGUACCGGUAAAACAGAGACUACAAAGGAUUUGGCUAAAGCUAUGGCCAUUCAAUGUGUUGUGUUUAAUUGUUCAGAUCAACUGGAUUUCAUGGCCAUGGGAAAGUUUUUGAAGGGUCUUGCCAGCUCUGGAGCAUGGGCAUGUUUCGAUGAGUUUAAUCGUAUUGAUAUUGAGGUGUUGUCUGUUGUGGCUCAGCAAAUUACUACUAUACAAAAAGCCCAACAAAAUAGGGUUGAUAGAUUUAUAUUUGAAGGCGUUGAAUUAAAUCUGAAACCAUCAUGUGCUGUAUUUAUUACUAUGAACCCUGGUUAUGCUGGACGUACAGAAUUACCUGAUAAUCUCAAGGCCUUGUUCCGUCCAGUUGCUAUGAUGGUACCAGAUUAUGCCUUGAUUGCAGAAAUCAGUUUAUUCUCUUUUGGAUUUUCGGAUGCUAAAAAAUUAGCUAAGAAAAUUGUCACAACAUUCAAACUGUCAUCUGAACAGCUGAGUUCCCAGGAUCAUUACGAUUUUGGUAUGAGAGCUGUAAAGAGUGUUAUCUCAGCUGCUGGUAAUUUAAAGAGACAAUAUUCCGAUAUGGAUGAGGAACUGAUUGCUCUGAGAGCUAUCCGUGAUGUUAAUGUACCUAAAUUUUUGAUAGAUGAUUUGAAAUUAUUUAAUGGUAUUGUGUCUGAUCUGUUCCCGGAUACCAAAGAACAACCUAUUGAUUAUGGAGUAUUAGAUACAUCAUUACGAAAAACCUGUCUUAAACUUGGUAUUAAAGAUGUACCUGGAUUUAUCAAGAAAUGUAUUCAGUUAUAUGAAACCACCGUUGUACGACAUGGUCUUAUGUUGGUAGGACCAACUGCUUCUGGCAAAACAAAGUGUUACGAAGUUUUACAACAUGCUAUGAGUGCCCUGAAAGGUCAAAUGUCACCAUCAGGAGAAGAAUUUGUACCAGUACAUUCAUACGUACUUAAUCCAAAAUCUAUCACCAUGGGACAACUUUAUGGUGAAUUUGAUGCUCUCACUCAUGAAUGGACUGAUGGUAUUUUGUCGACAUUGAUACGAGGUGGUUGUUCAGCUACUGAUAGUGAUAAACGUUGGUAUGUAUUUGAUGGACCUGUAGAUGCUGUCUGGAUUGAAAACAUGAACACUGUAUUAGAUGACAACAAGAAACUGUGCCUCAGUUCUGGUGAAAUUAUCAAAUUGACAGACUAUAUGACUAUGAUGUUUGAGGUAGCUGAUUUGGCUGUAGCAUCACCAGCUACUGUUAGUAGAUGUGGUAUGGUAUAUUUAGAACCUAGUUAUAUAGGAUUAGAACCAUUAGUUGAUUGUUGGUUAAAGAAACUACCUGAUACAAUAUAUGACUAUAAAGAUCAAUUAAAGACAUUGUUUGAUACAUAUAUGGAGCCUUCAGUAGACUUUGUACGAAGUCAUGUUAAAGAAAUAGUGGGUACUGUUGAUGCUAAUUUAACAUUUAGUUUAUUGAAAAUGGUAGAAUGUUUCUUUUCUCCAUUUAUACCUAAGGAGGGUGGUUUAGCUGAAGAAGGUGGCAUGGGAGGAGAGAAACCAAUACCUGAAGAGCGAUUAGCUAGAAUUGCUGAACUUAUUGAACCCUGGUUUUUCUUCUCACUGGUUUGGAGUAUUGGGGCAACAGGAGAUAACUCUAGCCGAUCCAAGUUCUCUGUUUGGCUAAGGGAAAAAAUGUCUGAAGAAAAGGUUCAGAUGCAGUUCCCUGCCGCUGGUCUAGUAUAUGAUUAUGUAUUAGAUGAUGCUGGUAUUAGUUCAACUAACACUGAUGAUAUGGAAGAAGACGAUGCCGGCUCUAAAGAAGUUAGAUGGAGAAGUUGGUUUCAUGGACAGCCAGAGUAUUCUAUUAGUCCUGAUAUGAGAUAUUCUGAUAUUAUUGUACCUACAAUAGAUACUAUUAGAAGUGCUUAUAUACUAGAAUUAUUACUUACCAAUAAAAAACAGGUUCUAAGUAUUGGUCCAACUGGUACUGGUAAAACCCUGACUAUAGCAGAUAAAUUAUCUAGGAACAUGCCAAAAGAAUAUAUUCCUGAUCUGAUUGUUUUCUCCGCUAAAACUAGUGCCAACCAAACGCAGGAUCUUAUUGAUGGUAAACUAGAUAAAAGACGUAAGGGUGUAUUUGGACCACCGCUAGGCAAAUAUUUCAUAUUUUUUAUUGAUGAUCUAAACAUGCCGGCUCUUGAAGUGUAUGGUGCUCAACCACCAAUAGAACUUAUACGUCAAUGGACAGACUUUAAGGGAUGGUAUGACAGAAAAGCAAUUGGAGAUUUCCGUCAGUUGGUGGAUGUUAAUUUUGUAUGUGCCAUGGGACCACCUGGUGGUGGAAGAAAUCCAGUUACAGCUCGACUUCUGCGGCAUUUUAACUUUGUCACAUUCACAGAAAUGGAAGAUUCAAGCAAGAAAACCAUUUUUGGUGCCAUUUUAAAAUCCUGGAUAGAUCAGAAUAGUAAUUUAAAAGAACAUUGUGAGAAAAUGGUAGAUACAUGUAUAUCUGUAUAUAAUACUAUAACAACACAACUAUUACCUACACCAGCUAAAAGUCAUUAUACAUUUAACUUGAGAGAUUUAUCUAAAGUAUUUCAAGGUAUAUUAAUGGCUGAACCAAGUAAAACUGAGGCAUUGCCAGAUCUAUUGAGAUUGUGGUACCAUGAAAAUUGUCGCAUUUUCCAAGAUCGUUUAGUAAAUGAUGAAGAUCGUCUUUGGUUUGAAGGUCUUCUGAAAGAGAAGAUGAAAAGUGAUUUUGACAUGGAAUUUGAAGAUGUUGUCAAAACUCAGCCUGUUUUGUUUGGCGAUUUUAUGAUAACUUCAUCAGAUAUCAGACCUUACUUGGAAAUUGAAGAUCACGAAAAAUUGGUGAAGGUGUUAGAAGAUUAUCUUGAGGAUUAUAAUCAGAUUACCACAGCUCAGAUGAAACUGGUAUUAUUUAUGGAUGCUGUCAAACAUGUUUGUCGUAUUAGUCGAGUUAUACGUCAGCCUCUUGGUAAUGCUCUGUUACUUGGGAUGGGAGGCAGUGGACGUCAGAGUUUAACAAGAUUAGCAGCACACAUGUCUGAAUUUGAUUGUUUUCAAAUUGAACUGUCUAAGAAUUAUGGUGUAGCUGAAUGGAGAGAAGAUUUAAAGAAUGUUAUGAUGAAAGCUGGGUUAGAAAGUAAACCUAUGGUGUUUUUAUUCAGUGAUACUCAGAUAAAGGCAGACUCCUUCUUAGAAGAUAUCAACAAUAUAUUAAACUCUGGUGAUGUACCUAAUAUAUAUGGUUUUGAUGAAUUAGAUCAGAUUUAUACAGCUAUGAAACCCAUUGUAAUGGAUUCUGGUCUACAAGCUACUAAAACUAAUUUAUUCUCAGCUUAUACGAAGAGAGUUCGUAGUAAUUUACAUACAGUUAUAACUAUGAGUCCUAUAGGAGAAGUAUUCCGUGCCAGAUUACGUCAGUUUCCAGCUUUAGUUAAUUGUUGUACUAUAGAUUGGUUCAGUGAAUGGCCUAAAGAUGCUCUUCAAUCGGUAGCGAUGAGAUUCCUCAAUGAUAUUACUGAUUUAGACGCAUCUGAUGAAGUCAUGACUGGUUUGGUCAAUAUGUGUCAAGCUAUUCACCAAUCGGUCGCUAGAAAUUCUGAACGCUUCCUUGCAGAGUUAUCUCGACAUAAUUAUGUAACACCAACAAGUUACCUGGAGUUACUGGGUAUUUUCUCUAAUCUUGUUGGAAUGAAGAAAUCUGAAUUAAAUCUGGCAAGAAACAGACUUAAAACUGGUCUGGAUAAGUUAUUGACAACAGCAGAUGAAGUAAAGAAAUUACAAGAAGAACUCGCUACAAUGAGACCAUUAUUAGAGGAAGCUGUUAAAGAAUCAAUUAGUACAAUGGAGAAAAUUUCUGUUGAUACGGCUGUUGCCGAAGAAACUAAAGCUAUUGUACAGAAAGAAGAAGCAGCAGCUACUAUUAAAGCUGAAGAAACAAGAACAAUAGCUGAUGAUGCUCAAAAAGAUCUCAAUGAAGCUUUACCUGCUCUCGAUGCUGCUUUGACAAGUUUAAAAUCGCUGAAUAAGAAUGAUAUUGUUGAAGUGAGAGCACUACAAAGACCACCAGAAGGUGUACGCCUGGUAAUAGAAGCUGCUUGUAUCAUGAAGGGAAUCAAACCAAAGAAAAUAGCAGGAGAAAAGCCUGGUCAGAAGAUUGAUGAUUAUUGGGAUGUUGGUAAAGCUGCUAUUCAGGAUCCAAUCAAAUUCUUGGAAUCUCUGUUUAAAUUUGAUAAAGACAAUAUACCUGAUGAUGUCAUCAAGAAAAUCCAACCAUAUAUUGAUAAUGAUGCUUUUAUGCCAGAAAAUAUUGCCAAGGUAUCUAAAGCUUGUACAUCUAUCUGUCAGUGGUGUCGAGCUAUGCACAAAUAUCACUUUAUCGCUAAAGGUGUGGCACCUAAACGUGAAAAACUACGAAUAGCCACAGCUGAUUUAGAGGAAACACAGAGAAUGUUAGAUGAAGCUAAAGGUAGAUUGCAAGAAGUAGAAGAAGGUAUCGCAACGUUACAAGCUAAAUAUGAAGACUGUGUUCGCAAGAAGGAAGAACUGGAGAAUAAAUGUGAACAAUGUGAAGGUCGUCUAGGUCGAGCCGAUCAGUUGAUUGGUGGUUUAGCAGAUGAGAAAGAUAGAUGGAGAGAAUCUGUAGAUAGAUUAGAGAAGAUUGUAGAUAAUAUAGUAGGAGAUGUAUUAAUAUCAUCAGCUUAUAUAGCUUAUCUAGGUCCUUUUACGGGUGAAUACCGAAUAAGAAUGCAAUGUGAAUGGGUGGUGUCAUUAGAUGAACAUAAAGUACCUCGAACAGAUGAUCCUAAUUUAACUAGUACCAUGAGUGAUCCUGUUAAAAUACGGGCUUGGCAGAUAGCUGGCCUACCUAAAGAUAGUUUAUCAGUAGAAAAUGGUGUAAUUAUACAGUUCUCUAGAAGAUGGCCUCUCUUUAUUGAUCCUCAAGGCCAAGCUAAUAAAUGGGUUAAAAAUAUGGAAAAAGAUAAUGGUUUAGAUGUGAUCAAAUUAUCUGAUCGUGAUUUUUUGAGAAGUUUAGAGAAUGCUGUAAGAUUUGGUAAACCUUGUUUAUUAGAGAAUGUUGGUGUUGAGUUAGAUCCAGCUCUAGAACCAAUCUUACUUAGACAGACAUUUAAACAACAAGGUAGUACUGUAAUAAAACUAGGAGAUGCUGUUAUACCAUAUCAUGAUGACUUUAAGUUUUAUAUAACUACUAAAUUACCUAAUCCACAUUAUACACCUGAAGUUUCUACUAAAGUUACUAUAGUUAACUUUACACUAUCACCAAGUGGUUUAGAAGAUCAGUUACUGGGUACCGUUGUAGCAGAAGAACGACCUGAUUUAGAGGAAGCUAAGAACCAAUUGAUUAUCAGUAAUGCCAAGAUGAAGCAGGAACUAAAAGAAAUUGAGGAUAGGAUCCUGCAGCGCCUUAGUAGUUCUGAAGGAAGCCCUGUUGAUGAUAUAGAUUUGAUUCAGACAUUGGCUGCAUCAAAAAUCAAAUCUCAAGAAAUUCAAGCUAAAGUGAUAACAGCCGAAAAAACAGAAAAAGAUAUUGAUCAGACAAGAAGUCAAUAUAUACCAGUAGCUGUGAACACCCAGAUUCUUUUCUUCUGUGUUGCUGAUAUGGCUAAUAUAGACCCUAUGUACCAGUACUCUUUAGAAUGGUUUAUUAAUAUUUAUCUUAAUGGUAUUGCUAAUGCUGAAAGGGCUGAUAAUAUAACACUAAGAAUAGAGAACAUCAAUAAAUUCUUCACCUUUAGUUUAUAUAGUAAUGUUUGUAGAAGUUUGUUUGAGAAACAUAAACUAUUGUUUGCUUUCUUACUCAGCUCUAGAAUUAGAAUGCAUAAAGGUUUGAUAGAUAUGAAUGAAUGGAGAUAUUUGAUAGCUGGUGGAACAAGUAAACCUAAAGAAUUAGAUAAUCCUUUCCCUGAUUGGAUCACAGAUAGAUCCUGGAAUGAUUUCCUCACAUUAGCAGCUUUACCUAAGUUUGAAAACUUUGCUGCAGAUUUCAAGAACCAUAUGGAAGGUUUUAAGAAAAUAUUUGACAGUGCAGAACCUCACCGAGAAGACCUCCCUGGUUCCUGGAAUACAGAACUGGAUGAUUUCCAGAAGAUAAUUGUAUUAAAAUGUCUUCGUCCCGAUAAAAUAACGAAUGCUAUGCAAGAUUAUGUUGCGAAAAAUCUAGGACAAAGGUUCAUUGAACCUCAGACUGCUGAUCUACAUUUAGUAUACAAAGAUUCAUCACCAACCACACCCCUUAUCUUCGUCUUAUCACAAGGUACAGAUCCGGCUGCAGAUUUAUAUAAAUUUGCUGAAGAAAUGAGAUUCGCAAAAAAACUCAAUGCCAUUUCACUUGGUCAAGGACAGGGUCCAAGAGCUGAAGCUUUGAUGAGAAGUGCCAUGGAGAGAGGUAAAUGGGUGUUCUUCCAGAAUUGUCAUCUAUCACCCAGUUGGAUGCCUUCAUUAGAAAGAUUGAUUGAACAGAUUGAUCUAGACAAGGUACAUCGUGAUUUCCGUCUGUGGUUAACCAGUAUGCCAAGUGAUAAAUUCCCGGUUUAUAUUCUACAAAAUGGUUCCAAAAUGACAGUGGAACCACCCAAAGGAAUCAAAGCCAAUUUAUUAAAAUCUUAUAGUGGCUUUAACGAUGAUUUCCUCAAUUCAUGUGGUGAAAGGACCCCUAUAUUUAAACAUCUACUACUAUCACUGUGUUUAUUCCAUGGUGUUAGUUUAGAAAGACGUAAAUUUGGAGCUCUAGGGUUUAAUAUACCCUAUGAGUUCACAGAUGGAGAUUUACGUAUCUGUGUUAGUCAGUUAAAGAUGUUCCUCAGUGAAUAUGAGGAUAUCGCUUAUAAGGUGUUGAUAUAUACUGCUGGUCAUAUUAAUUAUGGUGGACGUGUAACUGAUGACUGGGAUAGAAGAUGUUUGAUGAGUAUUUUACAGGAUUUUUAUGUACCUGAUGUACUUAGUGAAGAACAUGUUUAUUCUCCAUCAGGAAUAUAUAGACAAAUCAGUCCAUCUAUGGACCAUAACGGCUAUAUAGCUUAUAUAAAGAGUUUACCUAUUAACGAUACACCUGAAAUAUUUGGUCUACAUGAAAAUGCCAAUAUCACCUUUGCGCAAAAUGAAACAGUAUUUAACUUGACUGGUUUACUGCAGCUUCAACCUAAAACUGCAGCUGGUGGUGGAAAAUCUAGAGAAGAGGUUAUGGAAGAUGCUGCGAAAGCUAUAUUAGAACAAGUACCACAACCUAUAGAUAUCGCUAUUGUUAUGAAGAAAUAUCCUGUUUUAUAUGAACAAUCAAUGAAUACAGUGUUAACACAAGAAGUUAUCAGAUAUAAUCGUCUAUUAAAGACCAUACAUCAGAGUCUACAUGAUUUAUUAAAAGCAUUGAAAGGUUUGGUUGUCAUGUCUCAGGAAUUGGAGAAAAUGGCCAAUAGUUUGUUUAAUAAUGUUGUUCCAGAUAUGUGGUCUGGCAAGGCUUAUCCAUCACUGAAACCCCUUGCUUCAUGGGUUGUAGAUUUAGUAGCAAGGAUGAAAUUUAUCCAUAAUUGGAUUGAUGAUGGCAUACCUCCUGUGUUCUGGAUAUCAGGAUUUUUCUUCCCUCAAGCUUUCUUGACAGGAACCUUACAAAAUUAUGCUAGAAAGAUGAAGAUCUCUAUUGACACUAUCAGCUUUGAUUUUAAAGUUUUGACAGAGAAUGUCAGUGAUUUAAAGGAAACACCAGAACAUGGUUGUUAUAUAAAUGGUCUGUUUUUAGAGGGAGCUAGAUGGGAUUAUGACAAGGGAAUGUUAGCUGAGUCAAAAGCUAAAGAAUUAUAUACAGAUAUGCCAGCUUUAUGGUUAAUUCCAGCUGCUAAUCGUAAAGCACCUGAUUCUGGAAUCUAUGAAUGUCCUGUGUAUAAAACUCUUACAAGAGCUGGUACUCUUUCAACAACUGGUCACUCUACUAACUUUGUGUUUGCUGUAGAAAUACCAACAGAUGAAGCUCAAAAACACUGGAUAAAACGAGGUGUAGCCAUGCUGUGUGCUCUUAAUUAUUAAAUCUUAAUACAAACUACAUUAAUUAUUUAAGUAUUACUUUGUACCAGUAAAACUAAUGUCAGUUCAGCAUUCUAUUCAUGUCCUAAAUUAUUUUUUGAUGUAAAAAUUGUAAUUAAUUUAUACUUCCUUAUCCGGAUGUUUUUUUAGCAUAUAUCUUUAAGAUUGAAGUAUUUUCAAAUGUAAAUUACAGCAUUAUUUACAAAAAUUAGUACAGAGAGAAAUUUAUUAUGUUUUGGAUAUUCAGGUUUUAAUUCCAAUCAAAUUGUAUUCUUUUAGUUUUAAUAGUUCAAUUUACAUUACCACAAGUAUUAAAAUUAUCAAUUCCAUCCAUUUUUUUCAAUACAAACAAU